AUGAAAGGGGAGAUACUUUGGAAGAAAGCAAUAGCUCAGGAGGAGGCACGGAUAACGAGAUUGACAAGGCGGCCAUCGUGCCAGCCUCGCCCCCGGCCACCCGCCCAUCGCCCACCGCCGCCCACCCACCCACCCGCCCACCGCCGGGCGGGGUCUGACCGUGAUCGGAUUCCAGCCGCGAUCACGUCGGAUUCCAGCCAGGAUCAAUCCAGAUGCCAGGCGGCCAUCGUGCCAGCCUCGCCGCUGGCCACCCGCCCAUCGCCCACCGCCGCCCACCCGCCCACCGCCGGCACGGUCGCGUUCCACCGCGCCUCCUCGCGCGCCCGCCACACGCCCUACCACCGGCCAUCUGCCCACCGCCGGCGGCCUCCGGCCGCCUGGAGACACCCAUACUAUAGACCAGAAGGUGAACCCGUCGGGGAUAGCGUCCGGAAUCCGACCUCUAUCGCGACGUACUGGACUCUCGCGACUGGACGUGAUCGCGCCAGAUUCCGGCGUGAUCGCGGCCGGAUUCCGGCGCGAUCGCGGACGGAAUCUGGCGCGAUCACGUCCAGUCGUGAUCGCGUCCGGAAUCCGGCCACGAUCGCGCUGGAAUCUGGCCGCGAUCUCGUCCAGUCGGCAGCGUCCAGUCGGCACGAUCGCAUCCAGUCAGCACGAUCGCGUCCAGUCGGCAGCGUCCAGUCGGCAGUGUCCAGUCGCGAGCGUCCAGUCGGCAGCGUCCAAUCCGAAAUCCGGCACGAUCGUGUCCAGUCGGCGCGGUGA